GUAAAGCCGGAGACCGGAAGUGCUCAUGUGUUGACAACGAGAAGCGGCAUGUGGGUAGACGUUGUUUACAGUCUAUGGUUUUGACGUCAAUCUUUGGGAUUAAAAGGAAGGAUUCUCCCUGUCCGACAAGAUGACCGCCCAGGAGGUUCGUCUGUGUGGUCUGCUGUUGCGGGAGCACUUUGGAGAGCUGGUGGAAAAAGUGGGAACGCACCUUCUCCGAAGUGGAGCACAGAAUUUGAGAACCCUCAUUCAUGAGACUGGCAUCUCUCUUGACCUGGUAAAGAAGUCCCUGUGUGUGCUUGUGCAGCACGGGGUCUGUGUGUUCAGCGCAGGCCGUAAAGGUCCCGGGAGCCCCACAGAGUAUCUGACCAGCAGUGAUCACAUCCUGAGAAUUCUGCGAUACCCACGUUACAUAUACACCGCCAAAACCCUGUAUGGUGACACCGGAGAGCUAAUCAUAGAGGAGUUACUCCAGAGGGGGGACAUGACCAUGAGCAGCACGGUUAAGACAGUGGCCGACCGCCUAACACAGAACAUGGAGGAUGGUCACAGUAUGGAUUACAGUGAAGUGUCUAAUGCUUUUUCCAAACUGGUGGAGACCCAUUUUCUUCAGCGCUGCCCUCCAAUGGCGGCAGCAGGAAAAAAAGAAAGUACUACUUCAGCUACACCUGCUACUCCUGGUACUCCUGCUGUCCCUGUUAGCACAGCUCCGCCCUCAGCAGAGAGCUUCCCCGACUGUUACAGGGUGCCUCAUGUGACACUCACAGGGAGAGGCAAACGGCAACUCUCCAGCGAGGAUGGAGAGGACCAAAGGAACGCGAAGAAGGCUAGAAUGGAUACAGAGACGCAUGGUGAUGAGGGGAUUUACUGGCAGGUGAAUUUUGAGAGGUUCCACCUCCACUUCAGAGACCAGGCCAUCAUCAGUGCUGUAGCCAACAAACUGGGCCAGACUAGCAGUGAGAUAGUGAGGACGAUGCUGAGGAUGAGCGAGGUGACGACCUCGCCCACAGCAACCUGCACAAAGCCCCUCUCAGCCAAUGAGAUCUUCAGAUCCCUCCCCAAUAGUUACAGCAUUGCCAGACCCAUCCUAGACCAGUACCUCACACUACUGGUUGAUGACCCGAUGGAGUUUGUGGGGAAGGCUGGAGAAAGUGGAGGGGGGAUGUUUGUUGUCAAUCUGCACAGGGCGCUGGCCAAUCUGGCUCGGGCCACAAUUGAGUCAGUCGUGCAGGAGAGAUUUGGUUCCAGAUCUGCACGCAUCUUCCGGCUGUUGCUAAGGAAACGUCACCUGGAGCAGAAACAGGUGGAGGAUUUUGCUAUGAUUCCAGCUAAAGAGGCUAAAGACAUGCUCUACACGCUGCUUUCACAGAACCUGGUGCAGCUACAGGAAAUCCCUAAGACCCCUGACUAUGCUCCCUCUCGUACCUUCUAUCUUUACACCGUCAACCAGCUCCCUACUGCGAGAAUGCUGCUUCAGAACUGCUACAAGACAGUAGCAAACCUCAUUGAGCGCCGCCUGUUUGAGACCAAAGACAGCAAGCGUCUGUUGGAAAAGUCUCAGAGAAUCGAGGCCAUUCUGGCAUCUCUUCAGGCCAGCGGGGCUGAGCCCGAACAGCUGAGUGAGGUGGAGGAGAUGAUCACUGCAUCUGAAAAGCAACAAUUGGCGUCUCUGCGGCUCCAUAUCAACAAGUUAGAUUCAGCAGAGAACCAGGUCGAUGAAACCAUCUUUCUUCUUGAGUCCUACGUUAACUCAACUGCCACAGCAGCAAGCUGAGUCACAUGUGCUUUAGUCAAUAUGGCUUUUUUAAAUAGUUUCUAUGUCUGAAUUGUUUCAGUUUGGAGUGAAAUAAAAUCAAAAUUUAUUGUUAUUUUACUGCAUGUUUCAGCAAACGAAUAAACUGAGCGCAGCAAAACUUC